GGCGAAGCUUUGCCAAUAAACAUGACAUAACCAUCAAAAUGGCGCUGUCCUCGUCGCACUUGUGUCGUGUCGCUUGUCGUUUGGCAAGAACUUCAAAGAGCUUGUACUCCACAACAUCAACGCCAAAAAUCACAACACAUUACACAGUUAUCCCCCGAGAAAAGGACGAAAGAUGGAAAGAUGUGGAGAUGGAACGUUACGCAGACGAGGUGGACGUAGUGAUCGUGGGAGGCGGGCCUGCCGGUAUGGCUGCCGCCAUCAAACUGAAACAGCUGAGCAAUGAGAAGGGAACGGACCUCAGGGUGUGCCUGGUAGAGAAGGCUUCUGAGAUUGGUGGUCACACGCUCUCGGGUGCGUGUGUAGAACCCAGAGCCUUUGAGGAACUUAUACCGGACUGGAAGGAGAAAGGCUUGCCCUUCCAUACGCCCGUCACAAAGGACAAAUUUGCUUUCCUGACAGAGAAGAGACGCAUUCCCAUUCCAAUUUUUAAGGGUCUACCCAUGUAUAAUCACGGUAACUACAUUGUGCGGUUGGGUAACGUGGUACGCUGGUUAGGUGAGCAUGCCGAGGAGCUAGGAGUGGAGAUUUACCCAGGCUACCCAGCCAGUGAGAUUCUAUAUCAUGAAGAUGGUAGCGUCAAAGGCAUCGCAACCUCAGACGUUGGCAUUGCCAAGGAUGGCUCACCAAAGGCGACGUUUGAGCGAGGCAUGGAGCUCCAUGCCAAGUGUACCAUCUUUGCCGAGGGUUGCCACGGCCACCUGGCUAAACAACUCUUCAAGAAGUUUGAUCUCAGGAAAGACUGUCAGCCCCAGACCUACGGCAUUGGACUGAAAGAGUUGUGGGAGGUUGAACCCAGUAAACAUCACCCAGGAUUAGUUGAACACACUGUCGGAUGGCCACUGCACAAAGAUUUGUAUGGCGGCUCUUUCUGCUAUCAUCUGGACGAGGGCGCCCCACUAGUAUCCGUCGGGUAUGUCCUAGGUCUGGACUACUCCAAUCCCUACAUCAGCCCCUUCAAAGAGUUCCAGAAAUUCAAACAGCAUCCGUCCAUUAGGCCGAUGUUUGAAGGCGGGAAGAGGAUCGCGUACGGCGCGAGGGCGCUCAACGAAGGCGGCUUACAGUCUCUUCCCAAGCUGGCCUUCCCCGGCGGUAUGCUGAUCGGCUGCAGUCCUGGCUUUAUGAAUGUAGCCAAAGUGAAAGGAUCCCACAAUGCAGUGAAGAGUGGAACGGUGGCUGCUGAGGCCUUAUUCGAUAAACUCACUCAGGAAAACCCCACCUCCGAAACACAAGGUUUAUAUGUAGAAGAGUACGAGCCUAGACUGAAGGAGAGUUGGGUGUGGAAGGAGCUGUACCAAGUGCGCAACAUCCGCCCCUCCUUCAACAACCCCUUGGGGAUCUAUGGCACCAUUAUGUACACGGGUCUCUUCUACUUCCUGGGCAGAGGCAUGGAGCCUUGGACGCUGAAACACCCAGGAAGGGACUCUGAGGCCCUGAAGCCAGCCUCUGAGUGUACCCCCAUCGAGUACCCCAAGCCAGACAAUGAGGUCAGUUUUGAUCUGCUCAGCUCUGUCGCCCUGAGCGGGACCAACCAUGAGAGUGACCAGCCGGCACAUCUGACACUCAUGAACGAUUCUGUGCCCGUUGAGUGCAACUUGGGUACAUACGACGGGCCGGAAGGGAGGUUCUGCCCUGCAGGUGUGUACGAGUACGUCCCCACAGAAGAGGGUGAAGGCAUGAGGCUACAGAUCAACGCGGCCAACUGCGUCCAUUGCAAGACCUGUGACAUCAAGGACCCUAGCCAGAAUAUCAACUGGGUAGUGCCCGAGGCUGGCGGGGGGCCGGCAUACAGUGGAAUGUAACAAAAACAGGGUGAUACCAUUAGAAAAUCUGCAAUAGGCUAGCCAUGUCCAAAUCAGGUGUUGUUGCUGCGGCUUUGGUUUUGCCACUUGCACACUACAGUGAAUUAGCCAUAGUCGUAGACAACAAUGCCCGUUUCGGAGAGAGCCAUAUUUUCAAUUCUAGAAAGUUAAGAGGACCCUUCAAAGACUCUCAGACUCUUGAGACAAGUUUGAUCAAGGACCAAUGGUCAACUAGUGGUUGGUUUGUGACGUAGCUAGCGCAUGCACACUAAACUUGAAGUGUGAACGACUCAAAUCGAACUAUUGUCAUGUAUAUGACUUAAAGCUUUGCAUGGCAGAUGACAUAAAAAAAGACAAAAUUGCGGGUAACACCAUGUGGAAAGAAAUCUCUUCUUGGAAGAAGUGUCGUUCUGAAAAGAACCGGUUGGUGCAGUGUGGAAUUCGACGUUUCAGACAGUGUGCACUGUCAUGUCGACAACUGUGAGAAAUUGACGGAUGUGUGUUUAUUUACACAGUGAUAUUUAUUGUGUAAUUUUAGGACACCUUGCAUAAUCACCAUUAUUAUUGUACAAUGGUGACAAAAGUGACAGAAUUGUUAACUAAUAUGGAAAAAUAUGCUAUGAAAAUGACAUUUAGCACUCACAGUUUUCUUUUUUUUUCUGCCAUUUUUGUUGAUAAUUAGUACCCUCAUGCUAUAAAAAAUUGCUAUUGAUAACCAGCUAUAAAUUGCGGAAUGACCAACCGAGGUAGACGACAUAAACUAGUCCAACCAUUGUCGACUAGCGUGCAUCAGAUCAGAAUUACUUGAACUAUGGUUAGCUUUGGUCCUUGAUCAAACUUGCUCUUUGGUAUUCAUUUUGAAUGGAGAAGAUAAUUCCGGGAUAAUUUUUGUUGGAUUUUUUAAAAGAAACACCUGCACGAUGUUUAGUUGGGUGAUGGGGCCUUACAUUAGCAUUGCAGGUAAUAUUUUUUGAAAUAAGGGUGUUUUUUUGCCUCCCCAUAUUGGGGAUAAGGAGUGUCCUCGGGCCAAAAAAAAAGAGGAAGUUCUGCUUCCGAUUACAUUGCAUUUGAAAAUAAGGUAGGUAGG